AAAGAUGAUAGUGAUUCAGAAUGUGGGGCCCAGUUCCCCGGCACGGAUCAAGAGACAGUGGGUGAAGCGGAUUAAAUGGGGUGUCCUCUUGGGACUGAUGGUUCUCAUCUAUGGCUCUCAUGCUCCUCUCAUCACACUCACCAAGGUAGAUGGUCAAGUCCCGUUCAACGCCACCUCAUGUGUUGUUAUGAUUGAGUUGGCUAAACUCCUCAUCUCUCUGAUAAGCCUCAUUCUCACUGGAGGCGUAUCAGCCCUUUGUGCCCCUCCACGUCUACUCCUUGUGGCCCCCUAUGCAGUCCCUGCUAUACUCUAUGCCCUCAACAACAACCUGGUUGUUGUUAUGCAGGCCUACAUGGACCCAAGCUCAUACCAAAUACUCUCUAACCUUAAAAUAGCCUCAACUGCCCUGCUAUAUUCCCUUUGUCUUGGCAAGAGGCUACAGCCUGCUCAGUGGUUAGCUCUGGGGCUCCUCAUGGCUGCGGGGGUGUGUCACAGCUACAGCAGCCUGGAUAUAGGGGGCACUGAGAGGACUGAAGUAGAGGAAAGUCCCAGGCUUCAUAUCACAGCUUGGGGGCUGCUCCUCGUGGUGGUGUACUGCUGCGUGUCAGGUCUUGCAGCAGUUUUUACAGAGAGGGUGCUGAAGAGCCAGAAGUUGCCCCUCAGCCUGCAGAAUCUCUACCUCUAUAUAUUUGGUGUGGCCAUCAAUGGGCUGUCCUCUUUCUCAUCUGUAGCAAGUGACAAGAGUUUUCUGGAGGGCUACUCUGGAGUAGUUUGGGUCAUCAUAGCAGGGCAAGCAGCGAAUGGCCUCCUGAUGUCUGUGGUUCUCAAACACAGCAGUGGGAUCACCAGACUGUUUGUCAUUUCCUCCUCCAUGCUGGUUAAUGCUCUGUUAUCCUGGGUCGUCUUAGGCUUGCAGCUCACUCCUUCUUUCCCAAUACCAGUUAUUAUGAUUGGACUGGCAGCUUACCUUUAUUACAGAUAGAUUGUCCAUCAAAGGAAGCACAGGGUCUGUUUAGCCUCAAGAGCUCUUGGUACAGCCCAUCUGCUCUUUGCUCUUAAGAUUAAUUUUCAGAUGUUUGUUUUUUGCCUUUUUUCAGUCUGCCUUCUCAGUCUUGAAACUGGACUUCCUCAGUCAGAAUCAAACACCUAUUUCAUUUGCAUGGCGUACCCCCCAAAAUGUUAACAGUCAGCUGAUGCUUGAGUUGACAGCUUGAAUCAAGUGUUUGGUUUAUGAUUUAUGUUGUACUAUUGCAGUAAAAAUCAUGUAAUGAUACAAUGUUAUAUCUUGAGUUCAUGAUUUCUGAAUUGUGCUGCUAUUCUUUUGUUUCAUUUUCCAUUCAGCGUAAAAAGAACUGUGUCAGAGAUAAAAUGUUACACAUCGUCAAUAAACUGUCAAAACCA